AUGGCGUCUUUCACUGCGGUUGUUUGCGUUUUCUUACCAUUUCAUCUUUACUCAAUAAAGUUUUGGAGUAUUUUUGACUGGUUUUACUGCAGUAUUGUCUUGGACUCUCCAGACUACAGACUGUACAAUAAAUACAAAUCCAGGCUCGAUGACUUGUGGAAGACUAUUGGUUUGUCAAUCAGCACAAUCAACAGAGAAACCAAAUUCUCUACACUGUGUAAAAUAGAAGAAGACCUCAACCAAGCAUACGAGAAACUCAGUUUGAUCAGAGAGGACUUUACGCACUUUCUUCAAAGGACAAAAACAGAAGAGAGUGAAAAUUACUUAAAAGAUGUGAUUAUUGUGUUCGAUGAAAGAACAGUAAUAGUAGAAGAAGCAUUUCGGAACAUUAGUGAGUUAAAGGAAAUCGCAAUAGAAACAGCUUCAGUUGUUUCCCGUGUCACAUCUCGGAAGUCUCGGUCCAGUGGAUCACAAGUAGACACUGUUGUAGCCCUCAAACGCGCUAAGGCUCAAGCAGCAAGAGUGAGAGUCAGAUAUGCUGAAGAAGAAAAUCUAGUACUUAGAAGGAAAGCACAGCUGGAAGAGCAACAGACCUUAUCCGCAGCUAAAGAAAAGGCAUACAUAGAAAGAUCUAAACAAGAAUGUGAGGCAGAACUUAAACUGUUGGAAGAGAAGAAGGCAGCUGCGGAAGUUGACGCAGAACUGCACGCACUUGAACUUGAGGCGGAAGAACGUGGUUCUGUUAUUUGUGCACUACCAAGAGAAUCAGAAAACACUCAACAAAGAACAGCUAAGUACGUAGAGGCUCGUAGGUUGAAUUUCACACCCGAUCCUGAGGAUGAAAACUUAACAUCACAUCACCGUACUGAAAAUUCUUGUGAUAUAGAGCCACCUACCAACAACAUUUACGAAAGAGGAGGCCUUUCAGCUCCAACAAUGUUAACGACAGCUCCAAUUGAAAUAAGCAAUCAACUGUCAGAAUUCACACGUUUCUUAUUAAAGAAUGAUCUUUUGAUGUCAAGACUCAGGAACUUUGAUGAUAAAGCAGAGUCUUUUGUAGCAUGGAAAAUGACUUUCCAAAAUAUCGCCAAAGAAUUGAGUGUGUCUACAGAAGAAGAAAUAGAUUUGUUAAUUAAGUUCUUAGGGCCAGAUUCAUCGAAACAUGCCAAUAGCAUCAAGACCGCUAAUUACCAUGAUUCUAAACGAUGUCUUCACAGAAUCUGGGAACGUCUCAGUGAUAGAUAUGGCUCUCCAGAAAUGGUGGAAUCUGCCUUAAAGCAGAAACUCGCGAACAUACCCAAGUUGACGGAUAAAGACAAUAAAAGACUUUACGAACUCUGUGAUGUUUUGAGUGAGGUAGAAGCACUUAAAGAAGAUCAAAUAUAUGCUUUGCUUCUAGCAUAUUUUGACUCCUCUGCAGGCAUCUUACCCGUCUUAAACAAACUGCCACAUUCGAUCCAGGAGAAGUGGACAAACCAUGCCGUGAACUAUAAAAAGAGAAACGAUGUGUCUUUCCCACCCUUUUCAGUGUUUGUAGAAUUUAUGAGAGACAUAAGCAGGGUGAAGAACGAUCCAAGCUUUCAGUAUGGUGGAAUCCAGUCGUCGACAGAAAAACCAUUUGUCUCUAAGACAAAGAACUUUCACGUGACAGCGAAGAAAACAAUUUCUCAACAGGAAGUUCACGAGGAACCAGACAAGGAGUGUCCUCUACAUCACACAAAGCACCCAUUAAAUGACUGCAGAGUCUUUAGAAACAAAUCAUUAGAAGAAAGAAGAAAAUUUGUGAAAGAAAAUGGCAUCUGCUUCAAAUGUUGUGAAUCAACUAAACACACUAAAAGGAACUGUCGGAAGGAUAUCAAGUGUACCGAGUGCAACAGUGACACACAUCCCUCUGCUUUACAUGGCAUACUUCAGCAAGUAAGAUCCCUCGGAGUGCCCAGAGCUGACGGCGGGGAGGGAGAGAAAAGGGCUGACAUUGUAGACACCAAAUGCACACAGAUUUGUAAAAAUGUCAGUAGCGUCAGCAGAUCAUGUUCCAAAACUGUUCUCGUUAAUGUCUACUGUGAAGGAUUUCCCAACAAUGCAGUGAAACUUUAUGCGAUAAUAGAUGACCAGAGCAAUCGAUCACUUGCAAAAUCAAAAUUACUUGAUGAUCUGCAGGUCAAGAGCAGAUUAGUGGAUUAUAUCCUCACAUCAUGUGCGGGGUCUGUACCUACUAAAGGGAGACGUGCCACAGGUCUUGUUGUGCAGUCUUUGGAUGGCAGCACCAACCUUAAACUUCCUACUCUCAUAGAGUGUAACAACAUUCCGAAUGUUCGUUCCGAGAUUCCAACACCAGACGUCGCCAGAUCUUAUCCUCAUCUUCAGGACAUUGCUAAAUACAUUCCUAAUUUGGAUGACGGUAGUGAUACUCUGCUUCUUAUUGGUAGAGAUCUCAUGGAGGCACAUCAUGUUUUAGACCAACGCCUUGGUCCCAGGACCACACCUUACGCCCAACGCCUUCGUCUCGGUUGGGUUAUUGUUGGUGAGAGUUGUCUCAACGGAACACACAGACCAGAAGUUGUGAAUGUGAACAAAGUACACAUUUUGGGAAAUGGACGACCAUCUUUGUUUGAACCGUGUGUUAAUGUACUGGAUCUCAAAGAAAGCGGAUUAGACACUUGUGCGCAUUCUGCGUCGUUUAAUACCACAAAGUAUUCAAACUGCAAUAACUCCGAUAUUUUUGUGAAAACAGCUACAGACGAAAGAAUUGCGUUUUCUGUCGAAGACUCUGAAUUCUUAGAGCUUAUGGAUAGCGAAUUCCGAAAGGACUGCGACGGAAGCUGGACAGCUCCUCUUCCUUUCCGGAAAAAUAGACCCAAAUUACCAAAUAACAGAUCUCAGGCGAUGAAACGAGCAAGGAUACUGACAGAAAGCCUCCGUAAAAACACUCAGAAAAGGCAGCAUUUCACCGAGUUUAUGGAGAAGAUAUUCAUGGAAGGGCAUGCUGAGCCAGCCCCCUUGAUUAACAGUGACAAAGAAUGCUGGUAUCUUCCCUUGUUCGGGGUAUAUCACCCACAAAAGCCAGAUCAGAUCCGAGGCAUUUUUGACUCAUCUGCCAAAUUCAAUAAUAUUUCCCUCAAUGACGUUCUGAUGUCAGGACCCGACCUCACUAACCGUUUGAUUGGAAUACUUCUUCGCUUUCGUCAAGAACCCGUUGCAUUGAUGGCAGAUAUCCAGCGAAUGUUCUACUGCUUCAAAGUUGAAGGAGAACAUAGGAACUACCUUCGCUUCCUAUGGCACAAAGACAAUAACAUUGACAAUGAGAUUGUAGACUUCAGGAUGUGCGUGCAUGUGUUUGGAAACAGCCCGAGUCCAGCAGUGGCAACUUAUGGUCUAAGGAGGACGGCUAUGCUUGCAGAGAAGCAGUACGGCGCUGACAUGAGGGAGUUUGUCAAUAAGAACUUUUAUGUUGAUGAUGCCUUAAUCUCACUCCCGACUUCAAAGGAAGCCAUAAGUCUCCUAAAGCGGACACAAGAAGCUCUAAAAGCAGAAGGCAACUUGCGUUUACACAAGAUCUGCUCCAAUUCCAAUGAAGUUUUGUUAGCCUUCGACAAAGAAGACUUAGUCAAGGAACUCCGUGACCUGGACUUUGACCACGACAAUCUUCCCUUACAACGUAGUUUAGGAGUUUGUUGGAACCUGCAGUUUGAUACAUUUACUUUUCGUGUAUCCUUGAAUGAAAAACCAUUCACAAGGAGAGGUGUGUUGUCUGUGGUAAAUGGACUGUAUGAUCCGCUUGGAUUCGCGACACCAGUGACAAUUGGUGGGAAAUUACUGUUACGUGAAGCAAUGAUAGAACCAAUAGAGUGGGAUCAACCACUGUCUGAUGACUUGCGAGUCAAAUUUGAUUCUUGGAGAGACAGUCUUAUCUCUCUAGAAAACGUCAACAUCUCAAGGGCUUAUAUUCAUCAAGUUUCAGGAAGGAAGAAUCCCAAGGAUCUUCUCGUAUUUUCGGAUGCUUCCGAAAAAGCUAUCGCCACAGUAGCAUACCUGAGAACUUUUGAUGAAAACAGUACGCAACAUUUGACAUUUGUGACCGGGAAGGCUAAAGUGGCACCAAAACAUGGCCAUACCAUUCCGAGAUUGGAAUUGUGCGCAGCUGUGAUGGGAGUUGAAAUUUAUGAAACUAUUCAAGAUGAACUUGACUUGGAUCUGAAUCAAGUGACAUUUUUCUCAGACAGUAAAGUCGUACUUGGAUACAUAAACAAUGAAACCAAGAGAUUUCAUGUAUACGUCAGAAAUCGCAUCGACAAGAUCAGAAGAAUUAGCAAACCUGCACAAUGGAGAUAUGUUCCUACGGGUCUAAACCCAGCAGAUGAAGCCACACGCUCUAUACCUGCUAGAAACCUUCAAGAAAGUUUGUGGCUUAAUGGACCGCCUAGAAAACUCCUAAGUAGAUUCAGAUACUUCUUUCCCACUAGUUUCACCAGAAGAGGAUAA